CUUACCCCUCAUCGCCCGCAUUAACAGAACAAUGAACAAUAUGCACGUCGAAACCUACGCCCCAACCACCGCCACCGCACCCCCUCGCUCAACUCUCAUACUCAUUCACGGCGGCGCCCUGUCACAUCGCAUGUACCGCACAACCACACCCUUCCUCACCUCCCUUGGCUACCCAAUCUCAGCGCCCGACCUCCCAGGCCACGGCGCCUCUGCCUCCCUCCGCCCCUUCUCAUUCGCCUCCUCCACCGCCCAUAUCCACGAGUACAUUCAGUCUCUACGCGCCGCGACACCCGGAGGGAAGAUUGUGCUUGUGGGAAUAAGCCUGGGCGGACAGGCUGUUUUGGACCUUAUUGCCCACCACCCGGACGCUGUUGACGCGGCUGUGGUAUGCAGCGCGAGUAUCCACCCCCCAUCUGACCCGUCCCACCCGACGGCGAUGCCAAAGAUGCCGAGCGAUCAAGUGCCUUCUCUCUUCUCCGAACUGAAGACUAGCGGUACAGCCUUGACGCAAUUGAGGUCGUCAGGCAUUGCCCCACCUUUUAUUUGGUGGGAGAAACAUCACCGUUACAACCGGGGAAGAAUCCUCGCGACGCGUUUUCCCGUCAAGCGUUGUUUCGCCGCGCACUGACAGUUUGACAGCUGGGAGCACUGAAACAGCGCAUUUUGUGGAGUACGGUACCAUCAGCCUUCUGAAACCGGAAGUUGAAGUAGUGUGGAGUGCUUGCCGUGUUAUAUUGCAGGAUUUCUCAGAC